AUGGAAUACAAACGAAGGUUGACGCCGGUAAAGACACCGCGGAAAACAAAGGUUUUUCGACCGGUUGGCAGUACUCCUUCAAAGUUCAAAGAUGUUAAAAUUAAAAGUGUCGGAUAUGCCUGUAGAUGCAUAGAGCAUUAUGAAUAUAAGAAAGCCUUCACAUAUUUAUACAACAAUUAUGCUGGUGCCAGAAGAGCAGUGGAGAACUUGGUAAAGAAAGAAAUAAGGAAAGGUGUAAAGAAUCUCCUUAAUGACAAAGAGGGAAGUCUUCUUAAGAAAUGCAACUUGGAGAACAUAAAAAAAUUCAGUUGGUCAGCUAUUCUGUCUGAUGUUGCGAAGUACAUUCCCAUUCUGUAUUCAGCAUUAAUUGCCACCGUUGCCAGUCCAUCCAAUGAGAAAAAUCUUCGAUCAAGAGUUCGCAAUAAACCAUUGGCUCCUGGUAUUGGACUAGCAGUUUCAGUCCUUCUCCAUUUGUAUUCCCCAUUGAAAGUGAAGUUUGUGCAGGGGUUGAAUUCUAUUGAAUUAUGGAGAUGUGGUGCACAAAGAAAGCACCAGAUGGAAGCAGGUACUUUGGGAACAUGUUUAGAGAGUGAUACUGAUAUAGAUAUCAGUGAACUGAGCUCUGAGGAAGUAGUUCAGUCCUCAGGGACUGAUGUAGGUACCUCAUCAGGCUCUCUUCAAGAGCUUCCACGAAUGGAGGACUCUGAGGAAUCUGUUUCCGGAGAUGAUGAAGAACUGAACACAAUUGAAAGUGUUUCGGAUUUAGUUCCAUAUUCACGGGGAUUUUGUAUCACAUGGGACAAUGUUGGGAAAAUGGUAAAGGCCUGUCAUCAGAGUACAGAACGGCAAAAUAAAAUGAUGCUAUGGGCUUUGGCUUACUGUGCGGAGAACAGAAUUCCUACAACACACUUAACAAACAGUUAUGUGAAUGCUUCAGAUAUACCGCUCCAGAAGUUUUUGCCAAUGGAGGAAGACAUCACCGAAAUCAAACAGCGCAUGGAGGUCAUCGUAGCAAGGAUCAUACAGAAGGAGAUGCCUUACUUUAAUAGCUGCAAAGUUGUUCCUCACAUCAGACACAAAUUCUGGAGAGAGUCUAGCAGGAAGAGUAAAGUAAUAAAUCUUGGAGUCUGUCAGGAAAAUCCCUCAACCACCACUGGGACCAUCAAGAUUAUGGAACAACUGCAUGAGUAUGUUCCACGACAGGGGGAUGAACUCUUCCAACUGAUAUGUUUUGGCGAUGGAUUGUCUUGUGAGAGACACAAUGAUGCUCACAUGGCUCGUUCAAAUGGAGAAUCAAUGCUCUCAAGACUACAGGGAUUGCAGCCUCAGGUUCAAGAAUUUCACAAGAGAAUGCUACUUAUGCAGGAUCUAAUGGACACAUUUUUCCAUGGAAGCAGUGCAGCAGUAAAGGGAACUCUUUUCCAUCUGAAAAAUGUUUUUGGACACAGGUCUGUUAAGAAAGAUGUAGGAGAGACAUUUAACCAUGCAGCAGACUUUAUAAAGUUUGUAACGCAUGGUUAUGUCCUCCUGGCAACGAUGGAUAUGUGUGGUAUGGAGAGCAUAGGGGACCCUCCUAAUCUACCGGAAGAUGGAGAUGAUGACACCCUCCUGACAGAUGUUGCUAGAAGAGUUGUCCAACUCAUCUGGCAUAGUCCUAGAGUGGAAAAAAUCCUUGGCAGCGAUGCAGAUGAGGAAGACAGCUAUAUUUACUGCCUUUGUAAAAUAGGUAAGUUAUACUCUCUCUAUCUUGGAGAUGAUGUCCCAAUGAUCUACUGCUCCGGUAUUCAUUGUCCAGGGAAUAACUGGUUCCAUCUACAGUGUUUGCACAUGGAGGAUGAUGAUGUUCCUGAUGAAGAGUUCUACUGUUCUGAUGAUUGCAGAAAACGUGCUGUUUAUAAAUACUGCAACUGCCAUGUGGACAUGGGACAGUAUGAGCCGAUGGUGGGGUGUGACAAUCCGAAUUGCAGGAAGGAGUGGUAUCAUUUGAAAUGUGUAGGACUGAAAAAUGCACCAGGUUAUUUACUGUUUAUAUGUUCUGGAAAAUGGUUCUGCAGUAAAGAAUGUAGGAUAGCAGGUUUGAAGAGGAAUUUGAAGGCUGAUACAAAGGAGGAUGGUGUGUUCAAUUACAUAACAGCACUGAUGUUUGUAGGACUGAUGGAUCUUGUCCGUCAUGAUGCUGUCCGGGAAAAUGAUGGAACAGCCAUGAUGUCCCAUUGGCGACUGGAUAUGAUCCUUUUCCAUAACAACCAUCAUCCCAAAUAUGUCUUACUUGGACACAGACUGUUAGCAGGGGUGGCUGGCUGGCUUCCAGAGCGUCUUGCCAUGGACAGUAUCUGGAAUAGAACUGUCAAUUUAGCAGGUGGUCCUGGUAGAAAUUUGGAAUGUGAUAUGGUAAACGAGUUCUUGAACAAAGAGUUUAAAGAGUCCCUGAAGGAUGCAGGAGGCAAUUUAACAGAGGAAACAAUCCACAGACAUAGCCAACUAGCUGGAGGUUUGGGCAGAGUCAUUGACAAAGCUUAUGCUGAGUCUGUUGAGGCACACCUCUCUGACUUCAUUAGGAAAGACCAUACAAGUUACACCAAGGAUUUGGAACUGUUUGUUAAACUGCUUCUACCAGAACAGUUUUUUAGGUAUAGCCUUGGAAGAAGCUUCAAAAGCUACCCUGAUUUCAAUUUCUCAAUCGAAUCCAGGCACCCGGAAAGAUUGAAGAAAAAACUGUGCCAGCUUUCUAAAAGACUUGAUAAAAUCCGGAGGUGCACAGCAACAGAUUAG